AUGCAUAAGGUAGACCUAAUCCGCCGCCUCGAAGUGGAUAGUUUCUACAGUGCGUGUCAACGUCACCGCGAACAAUACAAGGAUCACACCGGACGUUUGCAUCCGCUUUCCUACUUCCAAAUAGCGGAUACGCCGUGGCAUUGCCCGUACAGCCCUGAAAUAGCGUACAUGCGAACACCCACCCGAUUCUCGAGGCAGGGCGAGGUGCCCGUCUUGCCCAGAACGUUCGAAAGGGUGGGGCCGUUCCCUGAUUUACCACAUCGAACGCUCGUCGGAACCUAUAGUAAGGCGACAGACACGACCUGGCGCAAAGGAUGAAAUUUAUUUCAGUGGAGAAAAUUUUAUUAUUAUUAUCAAUUACGCUUUACAAGUUUGGAGAUGUGAUUA